ACGUCAGCAUUGCCACGUCAGCAGCAAGGGAUACCACAUCAGCAGGCACCGGUCUGGUCUAUGAUGUUGCGUUCACAGACAGCAGUCAUGGACCAGAAGGCUUGGGGAACAGACGAGGCCUAUCAGGCCCGCAUGUUAGCCUGGAGUACCGAGACAAAGAAGCGGGCAGAUGACGCUGCCGCAGCAGCCAAGAAAAGGGCAGAGGAUGCCGAGCAGGCACGUCUGCUGGCCGUGCAACAACAGCGCCAGCACGACGAGGCAGCAGCAAGGGCUGCCGAUGAAGAAAGAACACAGCGUCGUGAGAAGAUAUUCACCGGAGAGCGGGCGUUACUUACCAUGGCAGCAGAAUGGCAAAGCGAGGCCGAGAACAGCCAGUUGGAGGACAGCGCAAACAAGAUAGCGCUCCUCCUCUCGCAUCUCACGGAUCUCCUGGCAACCUGCAUUACACAGCAGGCGAAGAUCCUUGGUCUCGACAACUCAGUAGCUCAUCUCCAAGACUGCCUUCAGCGGGUGGAGCAGCGACCAGUCGCCGCCGACGACGCAGGCUCUUCCAAUACUGCCGACCGCCUCACCGCAUUGGAGAUGCACGUCGGCUCCCUCCAGGACGGCGCACAGUUACAGCAGACCGCGACGCAACAGUUACAGCAGCGGAUCUGCACUACCACCACCACCUCGAGUCCGGAGCCGCGCGAGACAGCUCCUAAGUUCGAUGGGCAGGAGAUCUUCCACGACUCAAUCAAGACAGAUCCAAUUCCAUGGUUUCGCAAGUUCGAGCUCACGCUGCAGCUCCACAACGUCAAGGAACACAAGCAUCACACCUAUUUAUACUCUCGCUCAGGGGGCGCGUGUCAGGCUUGGUUGGACAACCUGUUGUCCAAGUACGGAGUGGUAGCUAACGACUUGCACACCAAGAUCACCUGGGAUGAUCUGAAGGCGGCGUGGCACAAGCAGUUCCAAGUGGAGCCGCCAGAGAUCAAAGCCAUGGACAAGCUCAUGGUCUUCGAGCAAGGCACGCUGCCGAGUACGGACUGGAUCGCCGAGUACCAACGCUUGACGUCAGUCCCAGACAUCCAGAUGGGUUUCAAGGCCAUCCGCCACUACUUCAUCUCAAGGUCAUGUCCGACAUUGAGCAAUGCCCUGACGCAUGUCGAGGACACCUUGGCGACGACGGCGGAAUUAUUUGACAAGGCUGCGCAGAUCAUCGUUACGAACAAGGAGGCCAAGAACCUCCGUUCAUCUGCGUCAGGCUCGAGCAGGGACCAGCAUCGGCCAAGAGUGGCCGUGGUCGCAGCGGCAGCGCCGUUAGACCAAACCAGCGAGGCUGCGUCUGCCAGUGAAGGAGACAKAUUCGCAGCCGCCCGGGAAGGUUUGCCCAUUGAAAGGCAAGGGCAGACAGGGAAACUGAGCACCGCCGAGAGUGACGCGACAACACUCUCGACGCCUUCGGAACUCGUUUUUUCGCGAGUGACCAGCCUUCAUUCCGAGGCGCACGGGGAAGUCGACAGUCCUCCGCUUCUAUUUUCUUUUGAGGACUAUGCUGCCUGGCUCGUUCCAACGCUGGGUACUCAAACUCAAGGACAAGGAGUGUGUGCGGUUUCUUCUCCGUCCGGCAACAGCGACAUAUCGUCUUCAAGUGGUUCGUCACGGGAUUCGGCGCGCGAGUUCAAUAUAGAGGCAUUGGACCCGCUCACGUCUGAGGACUUUGCAUGGCUUCCUCUUCCGACCACAGGCUUUUUGCCGAGACCGCAAUGCGCAGCACUUAGCGCUCAUCUCCACACUUACCUUUCCUUCUAUGCACCACCAACUUCGCCGACGGAUGACGAAGUCGCGGUGGGGGACAUCCUGGCGUACGUUACCAAGGUGACCCGCGAGUUUUGCACGCAGCGGUACGAUAACAACAAUGCACUGCUCAUGUAUGUCCGCAUCCAGGUUGGGCAAGCGUCCUGCAGCGCUUUGCUGGAUAGCGGCGCGACUCGCAACUUCAUGAGCCAGUCUUUUAUGCAAAGAGCUGGCCUUGGCGCACAAGUUCGGAGAAAGGCAAACUCGACGGCGAUCAAGUUGGCGGAUGGAAAGACGCAGCAACUACUCGACCGUUACAUCGAGGCCGUACCGGUCUACUUCGCACCUCAUGCAUGCGAACCGGUGACAUUCGAUAUUCUCGACACGGACUUCGACAUCAUUAUGGGAAUGCCUUGGCUUGCAAGUGCGGAUCACACGGUCAACUUCCAUCGGCGGACUCUUAGCGUUCGCAACGCCUUCGGCGUGGAAGUGGCGUGUACUAUUCCUCUAUCGCACUCUUCAAUCAGGUGCCAAGUGGUGACGACCAAAUCAUUCCGGGCGACUUGUGCUUACGAGCAGCCCGAGGAAAUCGACCUAUGUUUCCUACGGACCGUCGCGGUAGCCGACUCUUCACCCACGGACUUGUCUUCGGACCCCCGUGUGGUACGGUUGCUGGGCAAGUUCGCCGACAUCUUCGAGUCACCUACCGGUGUGGUGCCGGGUCGGCCGAUCUCUCACGAGAUCAUUCUUGAGGCCGGUGCCAUGCCGCCGAAAGGUUGCAUCUAUCGGAUGAGCGAGGAGGAGCUUGAGGUACUCCACGCACAACUCGACGAUUUGUUGGCCAAGGGCUGGAUCCGCCCGACAAGAAAGUGCCCCUCGUGCAUUCCAUUGACGAUGCACGCAAGAAGGAGCUCAUCAUUCGUCCACGCGCUCAAGCGGUGGCGGCACUUCCUCCUUGGUCGAAGCCAAUUUCGAUGGGUAACGGACAACAAUCCGUUGGUCUUCUACAAGACCCAAGACACCGUCAACAGCACCAUCGUUCGAUGGAUGACUUUCAUCGACCAAUUCGACUUCUUUCCCGAUCACAUUCCCGAUAAGUCGAACCGUUUUGCGGAUGCUCUCUCACGGCGUCCGGAUCAUUGUACCGCAGUCUACUCGACGUUCGAGACUGACGACGACCUGCGGAACAGCUUCAUCCGCGGCUACCAAGCCGACCCUGAUUUUCCCGACAAGUACGCAAAUUGCUCCUCUCCUAAUCCGGCUCCUUCUCACUACCGGAUCCAAGAGGGGUACUUGCUUGUCCACACGCGGGGGAAGGACCUUUGCGUACCGAGUGAUCCUCACUUGCGUACACUGCUUCUUGGCGAGUUCCACGACGCUCCCACCACUGGACAUUUUGGAGUCAAUCGCACAAUUGGCCGACUUCACCAGCGAUUUUGGUGGCCCGGCCUUCUCGGCGACGUCACGCGCUAUUGCGAGUCAUGCGAGGUUUGCCAACGCUGCAAAUCCCGCAACCAUCGUCCAUACGGCGAGUUACGACCAUUGCCUGUCCCGUUGAGACGAAGGGAAGCGAUUGCGAUGAACAUCACCGGCCCGUUCCCCAAGCACAAGACCGGAGUGGAUGGGAUUCUCACGGUGGUCGACCGACUCACCAAGUUCGCCAUGUUUUUGCCUUGUCGCUAUCAUCCCAAGGCACCGGAGUUGGCCGAGGUUCUUUACGCCGAUUGGAUUCGCACCAAGGGUUACCCCAAGGAGAUCGUCUGCGACCNCGAUUGGAUUCGCACCAAGGGUUACCCCAAGGAGAUCGUCUGCGACCUCGACACUCGGUUCAUGUCCGAUUUUUGGUUGGCGCUCAUCAAGCGAUGGGGCUCAUCUCUCAAGCCCAGUUCAGCUCGCCACCCUCAGACCAAUGGCCAAACGGAGAGGGCGCAUCAGACCGCACAGGUUCUCCUUCGCACUCUCAUCCGCCCUGACCAGAAAGACUGGGUUGAGCGACUGCCGGACGUUGAGUUGGCCUACAACUCUUCCAUCCACCCGGCUAUUGGGAUAUCGCCCUUCGAGUUCGAGCACGGCUCGCCGGUCACGUCACCGUUGGACACGAUUACUCCACGCACGGCCGAGAGCGACGACCAUCUUCUUUUCUUGCGUCGGAUGCAAGAGCAUCUUGUCAAGGCACGCGACCAGAUGGCUAAGACGCAACAGCGCAUGCGCCAACAGGCAAAUCGCCAGCGUCUUCCUUGUCCAUUCUGCGUCGGAGACCUUGUCUGGGUUUCAGCAGCGGAAUUCAGCCUUGAACAGGACAUCUCUCGCAAGCUCCUUCCGAAAUGGAUGGGGCCUUGGCCGAUCAUCGAGCCCGCUGGAGACACACCUGAGGGACCUUCCUUCACGAUUCAGGUGCCUAGCCACUUGCCCGUCUACCCAGUCUUUCAUUGUUCCAAAUUGGCUCUGUACACGCCUGCGGAACAUGAUGAUUUUCCCGGGAGAUGUAUGCAGGAUCCACCUUCUAUGGAUGGUUUUCAGGAGGUCGGCGACAUCAUCUCCCAGCGACGCUACGGCAACAAGCCAACUGAGUAUCUGGUGCAUUUUGCUUACUGCACUCAUCGAGCUGAUCGUUGGUUGAACCGUGCGGAACUGCAAGCGACAGCUCUAGACGUUCUCGCACGCUACGAACGCAAGAUGCAAGGCAAGCCGGAUUCUUCAGCUCCACGCCGCGCCCGCGUCCAGGUUCCACCUUCAGACCGACGGCUUCGCCCUCGCCCCGGCUUGACUUCAUAAGGAGGGGGGGGUGUUACAUGCAGCGCGUGCACACACGGGCCAUUUUGCAGGCUCGACGACCAUUUUGCAGGCUUGACUGGAUUUAGGCCAAAACCCUAG